AUGCCAGAAACGAUAGUCACGGAUAAUGGCCCCCAGUUUUGCUCCCGAGAGUUUGAGGCAUUCCUCAAAAUGAAUGGGGUGAAGCACGUCAGGUGUGCUCCUUAUCAUCCGUCGAGCAACGGUUUGGCGGAGAGGUUUGUGCGCACUGUAAAGGAAGCAUUGCGCAAAGGCAUGCAUCGACCAGCCGACAUUCGACUGGCUAGUUUCCUACUAAGCUACAGGAACACAGCACACGCCACGACGCAGCAGUCACCUGCGCAGCUUUUGUUGAACAGAAAUCUUCGAACGCGGCUAGAUUGCCUCAAACCGUCAACUGAAGACGUCGUCCGACGAAAGCAAUUCACGCAAAUGCUGGGAAGACGUUCACAGGAACGUUUCUUUGCAACUGGAGAGCAUGUGUGUGUAAGGAAUUUCCGGAAUGGACCACGUUGGUUACCAGCAACUGUGCUGGAGAAGACAGGACCUGUUACAUACCGCGUACACAUCAGUACAGAUAGGGGACCGUUCGUCUGGAAGAGACACCAGGAUCACCUGCGACGCAGAACUUUGACGGUCAGCGGGGGUGUGUCAGUGUCAUCAGUCCCGGAGCUUUUGACAUCGGAGAAUGACGCACAGGAAUGUACUUCGUCCCAUCAGCCACUGGUCAGCACAUCACCUGCCAGGGCAGCAGCGGCACUGACAGAGGAGCCUGUUGGGUCACCUUCAGUCAUCAAUGGGGCUCAGGUUCGAAGGUACCCUACACGUGUGCGACAUCCACCAGAACGUUUCCAAAGUACAUAG